UCAUGCUGCUGCCAAGUCCAGAGUGUGUCAUGGGUCCCUGUACGGCCUCCCAUUGCUGCUGUCUCCAUCGCCACACUCUGCCAUGUGCCACUUUCAGGUCUCCUCACACUGCUGGUGGGUUCCAUUUUGUCAUAGGGUGCUGGCAGAUUACAGGCCUCCCAUUGCUGCUGCCAGGCCCGUAAUCUGCCAUGGGCCCCUGUACCGCCUCCUCAUGCUGCUGCCAGGUCCAGAGUGUGUCAUGGGUCCCUGUACGGCCUCCCAUUGCUGCUGUCUCCAUCGCCACACUCUGCCAUGUGCCACUUUCAGGUCUCCUCCCACUGCUGGUGGGUUCCAUUUUGUC